CCGGUGCUCGGUGCGUCUCUAUACCGGGCUAACUGCACACAGCGACCCGCUCCAGCUCCAGGCCGAGCCGAGCCGAGCCGAGUGGACCCGAGCCGAGCCGACCCCAGCCGAGCCGAGCCGAGCGGCCUCUCCUCCGGCUGCAUGAUGAACGACGCGGCGGGGCUCCGGUUCCGGCGGCAGCACCGACCGCAGGUUAUUACCGACGAGCUACCGGAGCACCGACACAAGGGCACCGGCACCUACAGUGGGAAGGUGUUCCAGGUAACUCUGCUCUCAUUGGGCGGCUUCCUGCUGCUUCCUCUCCUCGUCAUCAUCCUCAUCCUCGAGUCUCCCAUCAGCCCCGAAGUCCUCAGUCUGAAGGAACCCCCGGUGAUGACGGGCUGCUGGGAGCCGAACCUGAAGCUCCGUGAGGCUCAGAGACUGUUUGAGGAUCAGAUCGUCGGACCGGAGUCCAUCGCUAACAUCGGAGAUGUGUUUUUCACAGGAACAGCUGACGGGAAGAUCGUGAAGCUGAUUGGUCGAAGGAUCCAUGCGGUGACGAGACUCGGAAAACCGCCGUGUGGUUCCAGAGAGGAUGAGAGCAGCUGUGGAAGACCGUUGGGAAUCCGGAUCGGACCGAACGGGACUCUGUUUGUAGCCGACGCUUAUCUGGGAUUAUAUGAAGUGAAUCCAACUACAGGCGAGUCGACCCGGCUGGUGGCAGGCGGUCAGCUGAUCGCCGGCAGGAAGUUGUCGUUUAUUAACGACCUGGCGGUGACGCAGGACGGGAAGAAGCUGUACUUCACCGACUCCAGCAGCAGGUGGCAGCGCAGAGACUACAUGCAGCUCAUCAUGGAGGCCACGGCCGACGGACGUGUGUUGGAGUUGGACAUGGACAGCAGGGAAGUGACCGUCGUCAUGGAGAAUCUCAGAUUCCCAAACGGGAUCCAGCUGCUUCCUGAUGAGGAGUCAGUGCUGGUGGCUGAGACCACCAUGGCCCGCAUCCGCAGGGUCCAUGUAGCCGGUCUGAAUAAAGGGGGGAUGGACACCUUCAUCGAUAACCUUCCCGGGUUUCCUGAUAACAUCCGUCCGAGCUCCAGCGGUGGUUACUGGGUCGCCAUGGCAGCCGUCAGACCCAACCCCGGCUUCUCCAUGCUGGACUUCCUGUCCCAGAGACCCUGGAUCAAGAAGCUCAUCUUCAAGCUCUUCAGUCAAGAUGUGCUGAUGAAGUUCGUCCCUCGCUACAGUUUGGUGGCCGAGCUUCACGACGGCGGCGUUUGCACGCGGAGCUUCCACGACCCUAACGGCCUGGUGGCGGCUUACGUUAGCGAAGUCCACGAGUACGACGGAAGCCUCUACAUCGGCUCCUUCCGCUCGCCGUACGUCGCCAAGCUCGACCUGCGAGACGUCUGACGGGCCGGCCAAUCGGACCAGAGGGCGGGACUUCAGGUGUGAUGACGCGGCGUCGGUCUGACGGUGACGCAGCAGGAAGUGACAUCAGAGCCGUCGCGGGAAGUUUGUCGGAUUGAGGCGCCGUAACGUUAUCGACGACUGUUUGAUGAACAGGAAAUGACAAGAAUCCGACUAAUCAGCACUUCACUUAAUUUCUGUUCAGUCUGACAUCGUAGCAGCGAUAAUGUAAUAAAGCCCAAAACGUAAUAAUAAGUUGGUCGAUAAUGUUA